AUGGAAUUCGCGUUCGGAGGUGGGGCUAUCUGGGCCGUUUACAAUUCAAAAUCUGAAAAGGAUUUGAACGGGAACACCAGCCAAAUGACUUUAGAGCACUGUACGUUUCUAGACAAUCAUGCUCGUCAAGGUGGUGCUUUAUGGCUGUCACUGAAUGGUCCAAGUCUGCUCGUGUUCAGGCACGUCAUCAUGGAAAACAACAGAGCUACUGAAAAAUUUGGAGGUGCUGCCGUUAUCUACGACAGUGUUAUCCAAGUGCAAAACUCGCGAUUUUCUAAUAACUUUGCAGGUUAUGGUGGUGCGUUUUGGAUAAUCGGUGAUGUACGUAGUCUUCAAGUUAUGAAUUCUGUUUUUGAGAACAAUUUUGCUGCAAGCUACUCUGGGGGAGCAUUUCUGAUUCAAACGGGGCUGGUUUUCCUCUCCAUCUCUAUAAUUAACUCGACUUUUAACAACUGCUCAGCCACAUACAAUGCUGGUGCUGUCAAUCUUGUUACAGGUAACACCGUAACUGUAAGUAUCUUUAUUAAAAUGUCUCGUUUCCAAAACAAUUACUGUUCGUCUGGGAGUGGAGGAGCCCUAAGACUGUCUUCGUCGUCUUCGUAUGGACACACAGGUAUUAAGGUUCAAGAAUGUAGUAAGAGUAAUACGAAAAUACAAAAAAAAGAUGGUUCCAAAGAAGACACUCACCUUUUCAUCGAAGACUCCGUCUUUGAAAGAAAUACUGCACCAUUUGGAGGUGCUAUAUAUCUGGGUGUUGGAAAAGCAGCAUUUUAUAAUUGUUCUUUCAUUGAUAACUUUGCUAGAUUGCGAAGUGGACAUAUUCACUCAGUCUUUGGUUUAGCAAGCUUAACAAUACAAGACACCCUCUUUAGACAAAUAAUGAAUGAAUUUAAAAGGCAUAAGAUUAUUUUUAAAGAUACUUCGUUUCUUGAAGCGGAAAACAUCUUAAGUCUUAAGUUAUAUAAUACCACAGUAGAUGUUAGACCUUAUGGCAGUACCGGCCCCUUUAUACUGAUAAAAAAUGGAAAGCUGAUAGACUUGGGAACCAACAACUUGACAAAUUAUAAUUGUCCUGUUGGGAGCAGGCUGGACAUUCUAAACAUAAAAGAUGAGUCCCUCAGUACUUGGCAGUUUAGCUGUUCAGCCUGUACAGGCAAUUCCUACAGUUUACAGCGUGGUCGUGCUGUUGGAUCUCAUGUGGUACCAGGAUUUCAGUGUCUUCCAUGCCCGUUUGGAGGAAACUGUUCUCAAAAUAUAAUCGCUAAACCAAACUUUUGGGGUUUUCAAGAACAGCGUACUCCGCCAAAGCUUAAGUUUACCAUGUGUCCUCUGGGUUACUGUCGCCCACCUGACAUAAGAGAUUUCCCUAAAUAUAAUGGUUGCCAGGGUAACCGUUCUGGUGAAUUAUGUGGACAGUGUAGUGAUGGUUACUCAGAGACACUUUUUUCUACAAACUGCAGACCCUCACAAGAGUGUAAUGAUAACUGGUUUUGGCCAGUUGCGUUGCUUUAUGUGUUGGUUAUGGCUUUUUAUUUCACGUUUAAGCCUCCUAUUGUCCCCUGGAUGAAACGUCAAGUCCUCUGGUUUAAAACGCGCGACACAACAGACGAGGAGAACGAGUUUCACAGAGGUUAUCUUAAGAUUAUUUUUUACUUUUAUCAGGCAGCAAACCUUUUGCUCGUGUCCAGUACGUCACUACGUAUUUUUCGAACAAUGUUUGCGGAGAUUCUUGUUGGAAUUUUCAAUUUUCAACUAAGAGUUUCAUCGGGUGGAUUGAUUUGUCCCGUUCCUGGGAUCACUGUGGUAACUAAGCAGUUAUUUUCUGUUUCACACGUGUUUGGCACAUGUCUGAUGAUUGGCAUUAUUUAUGUUGUUCACUGGGGAGUUCAGAAGUUUCGAGGUCGAGAAGUACCAUUUGCUGGUCCUUAUAUUGGCGGUAUUUUACAAACCAUGUUGCUUGGAUACACAACUCUUGCUUCUGUCAGUUUUGACCUGCUACGAUGUGUUCCCAUUGGUUCAGAGAAGCAGAUGUUUUAUGAUGGAAACGUGGAGUGUUUUCAGUGGUGGCAGUACAUGUUGAUUGUUUUUGUUUGCGCAUUCUUUGUACCUUUCGUACUUGUUUUGUUUUGGGGCAGUUUUAAACUUUACAACCAAACACUUUCCGGGGAAAAAUUGGUGUUGGCCUGUUUUAUUCCUUUACCAUCUUUGGUUUAUUGGGCUUUCAUCUCUUUAAUUGAAAGAAGAAAAUAUGGAGACAACAAAGAAACACUGGUUUCAACCAAUGCAGGAAACGAUGACACGCCCUCCAUCAAAAUCACUGUCAAUUCUAUAAAGAGAGUUCUUUAUGACUCUUUCAAGAGACCAGAAGUUGGCGGAAAACUGUCUUUAGGAUGGGAAAGUGUUAUGAUCGGACGCCGGUUGAUUUUGGUUGUGUUGAAAGCUUUUGUCAGCGAUCCUAUGUCUCGUCUUCUUGUCAUGAUUUUCUUUUGUGUCUUGUUCUUUCAUCAUCACUCUAUGAUUCAGCCAUUUCGUGACAGUUUGGCCAACAGGGUGGAAACAAUUUCGUUGCUAUUUCUUACUGUUCUUGCAAUUCUCAACAUGUUUUUUGCCUCUUUUCUAUCGUUGGCUGCAACAUCGGACGCUUAUUUGAGUUAUUGGUGGGAUGGCUGUCAAGUUUUACAAGUCAUUAUUCUCUGUGCUGUACCUACGCUAUUUUGCCUUCUUGUGGCUGCGGCUGUUUUAUCGCAGCUGAGUCGCCUCAUCAUCGUGGCUGGGCGCUUUUUACGCAAAAUUAUGUGGAUCUGUCUUAGCAUGUGCGAUGGAGAUCAGAACGAUGAAAGAAGACCAUUAAGGCUUGUGACCUAA